AAACAUUGGGGUUGGCAGCCAUUAUAUUCUCUCUCCAGCAGACAGCCUUAUUCACGCCCAUCGCCUCUUUCUCCCUCAAAUUAAACCCCUCUUCCUCAAUUAAACCCCCGAAAUGGAGGAGACAAAGAUCAUAUACCACAUCGACGACGAGGAAACGCCCUACUUAGUUAAAAUCCCCAAAGCGCCUGAUAAAGUGACGCUGUCCGACUUCAAGAACGUCCUCAACAGGCCCAGUUACAAGUUCUUUUUCAAGUCGAUGGACGACGAUUUCGGG